ACGCUCCGCCGCCCGCCGCGUAAACAAGGGCCCGGCGGGGAUGCGGCGGGGCCGGCGCGGCCGCGGGUGAGCGGCUCGGCCUUCCCGGGGGGGCUCUCGCUUCGUCCUUCCCCCCUUCCCUCCUCCUCCUCCCCCGCAGGACGGGGGGCGGCGAGGGCCGUCCAGCCCGCCAUGAACUUGGCCGGGCAGAGCGGCGACGCCGGCAGCGGCCAUCUGCUGUUCGCCAACUUCAACCAGGACAACACAUCCCUUGCAGUUGGCAGUAAAUCAGGCUACAAAUUCUUCUCUCUUUCUUCUGUGGACAAAUUAGAGCAGAUCUAUGAAUGCACUGACACAGAAGACGUGUGCAUCGUGGAGAGGCUCUUCUCCAGCAGCCUGGUGGCCAUAGUCAGCCUUAAAGCUCCACGCAAGCUGAAAGUCUGUCACUUUAAGAAGGGGACAGAGAUUUGCAACUACAGUUACUCCAACACCAUCUUGGCUGUCAAACUCAACAGACAGAGGCUGAUAGUAUGUCUGGAAGAGUCUCUUUAUAUACACAACAUACGAGACAUGAAGGUAUUACAUACAAUCAGGGAGACACCUCCCAAUCCUGCAGGGUUGUGUGCUUUAUCAAUAAACAAUGAUAAUUGCUACCUGGCCUACCCAGGGAGUGCAACUAUUGGAGAAGUACAAGUCUUUGACACCAUCAACCUGAGAGCUGCUAAUAUGAUUCCAGCUCAUGAUAGUCCCUUGGCUGCUUUGGCAUUUGAUGCAAGUGGUACUAAACUUGCCACUGCCUCAGAAAAGGGGACAGUAAUAAGAGUGUUUUCCAUUCCAGAGGGACAGAAACUCUUUGAAUUCCGAAGGGGAGUGAAGAGGUGUGUGAGCAUCUGUUCGUUGGCCUUCAGCAUGGAUGGCAUGUUUCUGUCUGCAUCCAGUAACACGGAGACAGUGCAUAUCUUCAAACUUGAGACUGUGAAAGAAAAACCUCAGGAAGAGCCUACGACCUGGACAGGUUACUUUGGAAAAGUGCUGAUGGCCUCAACAAGCUACCUGCCCUCUCAAGUAACAGAGAUGUUCAACCAGGGUAGAGCCUUUGCCACAGUCCGUCUGCCCUUCUGUGGGCACAAAAACAUCUGUGCACUUGCCACAAUCCAGAAGAUCCCUCGUUUGUUGGUGGGAGCUGCCGAUGGAUAUCUCUACAUGUACAACCUGGACCCCCAGGAAGGAGGCGAGUGCACACUAAUGAAGCAGCACAAGCUCGACGGCAGCAUGGAGCCGGCCAACGAAAUCCUCGAGUCUGCAUCCCACGACCGGCCCUUGGUAGCGCAGACGUACAGUGCCGCUGUGACUAAAGGUACAUAUGUGCCUUCCUCACCCACAAGGCAUGCCUAUACGGAUGACCUGGGUGCUGUGGGUGGAGCUUGCCUGGAAGAUGAAACCAGCUCACUUAGAUUGGAUGAAGACAGUGAGCAUCCCCCCAUGAUCCUUCGGACAGACUAAACUUGGACCUGUGAACUCACUCCUGAAGCAGAGAACACUGGCUUGAUGUUUCUUGAGGAACCUCGUGUUAUGCUGCUAUGAACUUUGACAUGAGUUGGGAGAGAGGAUGACAGACUCUUACAGUUUAAAGUCGUAGCUGUAGUUCUGAUUCUAUACCAUUGGAAAAAUAUAUGGUUUUCAAUUCAGUGGCUUUUAAUCUUGCUUAUCUAUUUUAGCUGUGUCUAUCUUUUUUUUUUUUGUUGCCAAAACCUGCUGUCUGUGCAGCCCUCAGAGCCUACUAGCUUUGCAUGCGUUCAUGUGCCAAGCAAGCAUAGGAGGGGGAGAGAGAGAGAGAAGCCACUUUAUAACAAACUCGAGUUUGUAUUUUUUUUAUAUAUGUACAUAAUAUUUAGCCUAUAUAAAGAAGGAGUAGAGAAGUGGUUCUGGAAGCUGAGACUAGUUCUGCACUGACAAAGGUCCAAAUGGUUCCUGUGCAUGGGCUUGCAGGCAUACCUAGUGACUGACAUGCAACCUUUCAGAUGCAAUGGCCUGUUUUUUUGGGGUUCUCCCUUCCCUUUCCUGGACCAUUUUGUUAAUUAAAAUUCCUUCUGAAUGUUGUGUAUUUGUGGGACUGUUCUGUUUGUUGGGAUGGAAAACUGGAAGUGUUUCCCUGCGUAAGGAUAUAGAAUAUGGAAAGUGCCUUUACAGGGAAGGAAUUGCUGCAGGAAGAAAGCUAGAAUGAGGGAAUAAGUGUUAGAGAAUCUUGUUUGUGCACCUUUAGUACUUGGGUGUCUGUAGUAGUGGCUGAUAAGCUUGUGGGUUUUUUAGAGAAGAACUGGAAUGCACUUUCUUUCUCUCCUGUACAUUGUCCUAUUUUCUUGGCAGAGUAGCAAUAACCUUUUUUUAUACUUUUUUUAAAUUAUCCAAAGCAAGGAUUCUGUCAGGCUGGAGGGAAGUCCCUGUAGAGUUUGGCAGCCCCACUCUAUAAACAGCCUUAAGGUUUUCUGCUGGAAGGCAAAGCUCUCAGUUCCUGCUUCUCCUCAGUCUGGGGCUGAGUGCACUGCUCUAACAGUGAAGGUUCGUGACUUUUUUUCAGGAUACUGAUGUAAAUAUAAAUGAUUUUGAAAUAUUAAUUUUCUUCUGGGUUCUCUUCUGCUGGAUAACAAUACUUUUCUUUUUUGGUGGUUUCUUUUUUCCUCACUUUCCCCUCUCAUCAGAGUACCUGCUGUGAUACACUCAAGGACUGGUUGUCUCUUUGGCAAUUAGGGAAUAAAUCCAUAACUGCCCUGACCCUGGCUAGAGCUUUCCAAGGCUGAGCAGUGCUGCAGACUAUUUUUGGGGUUGUAAAUGUGCCUUCUCUUAAGUCUUGGAUAACAGUUAGUGAGCAAGUGAUUAGCGAAGUACUUGGUGAGUGUUACCUUCCUUUACCAAAACGAGCCUCCCUUGCCUUUUGUGUAGCAAUGUAGGUUGAUUCAUUUCCCUCUAGUGACUGCUUGCAAAGAAGUAAAAAUAAAAACAGACAAGGAAAUUGUAGAUCUUGAAAGGAGGACAGGGGCUGAGUGCUCCAGCUACACGUGAUCUCCCUGCCCAACAGGCAGUGAUGUGCUUUGAGGACUUGGUACCAUUAAUUCUUCUCUUGAGCAGUAGCAGGCGGUUUUGUCCCCAAAGCCUGUGUGGGCAGGGGGGCUUCCCCUGCCUCUAAAGUACAGAAGAAGGUGGUAGCCCCUGCCAGGAGACCUCUCUGUCAGUGAGGCUGCUGUCAGGCUGUGUAAGUGGAAGGGGUUUGUACACAACCGUGUGGGAGAGAAGGGAUCAGGCUUGUUUACUCACUGAAACCCUGGACUGUCCUAAGCAGUUGGUUGGAGUGGCUUGUGGUGUCCCCUCCAGAACCCAGCACAUUCACAGCAAACCCCUGAGUCAUGCUGAAAUCUUGCUUGGUCUCUUGACUGUAAGAUCUGGCUGAUAACUCAAUUCCAUGGUCUGGAGUAAUUUAUUUUCUUUCUUUUUUACUGCAAGUGCUCUCAGCUUUGCUGGGGAGCUCUGAGCUGCAGAGUAAAAUACAAAUCUCAAAUGCAAGCUCAGUGAGCUCUGGCAAAGUGAACCACCCAGGAGCUGUCAGAUGUCUGCUCAUCCCAGACUAAAGCUGGUAACAUUCCUGAUAACAUCCUUGGAGGCUUGGCCUACACUCCACAAGCACAGUUAGCAGUAAACAUGCACCAGCAACACAGAUCUGCUAAGCACACAAGUUUUACAACUCUAGAGUGUAACAAAGGCCAUGUUUCAUAGUCAGAUACCCCCCUAAGUGUAAUUACUGACCUUACUGCUAAAAAUGGGUAAAAUUUAUUGUACGAAUUUUACCCCCUUCUUACCUUUCACACCUUAUUUUCCACAGGUGAGUUUGAGAUCCCAUGUUCACUGUGUUUGUGUCUUCCCUGUGUUCCUGCUCCUGAGCCACACACUGUGGAAUUGCUGUGCCCUACUCGGUUCACUCCUCAGUAGAAGCUGGAAGCCAGUUAAAGUGUCUUGUUGUUGUUGUAACUGGGAGAAUCUUUAGAGAGCAGAAGCAUUAAUAUUCUGGGGUUAGUGACCAGCACAGAGCUAGUAGGGUGGAGCAGGUGGUUUCUGGUCCACACUGGCUGUGUUUUUAAGAGUGGUGGCAGUAGUUUGUCUUGAGUUCAUUGCCUGAGGGUAUAAACUUUUUCUCAGAUAAAAUAUGACUAAUGUAACUUCUCUGUGAUGGCCUUAGGCCCUCAGAAACCACUCUGUUGUGGUGUGCUACCAAAGUUAAAAGCUUUUCAGGUUGGGGGUUCAUCCCAGUGACACAAAGAUGUAUUUUUAUUUUUAUUUUCUUUAAGCAUACCAGAAAUACUGUUUGCAGCUGCAUCCUCACCUGAGUACGGAGCAUGUGAUUGCACUGUCGUUCUCUGUGGAUCAGGAGCUGUCUAAACAUUUCUGUUCUGGUGGUCUCACAGCCCAGGGUAAGCCAAGAAGGCUCUAGCCCUGUGGUGUGGCCAUGAGCUUCUAGUUUAGGAUAUGGGAAUUGUGGCCCCUCUUGAGUUAGACUGACCUUCCUUGGAAGGACAGUGUUUGAUCUGUAUAGCCUGCCUUGAAUCUCUUGAUUCGAGCUGCACUUCUUGAUUGCUUUUAACUCAGUGGAGGGUUGGGGCAGAGAUAACUGAAGCAACCAAAGCUGGGGAGGGGGGAACACUGAAAAACUUGGAAUCCUAAACUCAGGUCUUAACUUGCAGUGGGAUCAGUUCCCAGUGAGUACCGUAGGGAAGGAGCUGUUUCUCUUGAUGUGCAAAUGGCAGUGAGUGCAGGUACUCAGCUGCUGUCUCGACAUCUGCCUGUUUACUCUGUAUUUCAAGUUCUGAGGCAGAAAGCUUUUAUCUGCUCCGCUCUCUUCUUAUGUCGCUGUUUGCAAAAUACGACUGAUAGAUACAAAUCUAGCAGUUAAAAGGCAGGGCCUGGCACAGGAGGAGGAGGAGGAAGUAGAAAGCAUCAAGAGAUUAGUAAAAGCUGUUUGUUCUGAUGCCCUGUUCAACAAGGCAUUGGCACGAGCGCUCCCUCUGGGAUCAGGUGUGUGCUUGUACCUUGUUGCUUCAGGUCCUGCAUGGCGAGUUUCUUUUUUAGAGGUGGUGGCUUUUUUAAGCCUGCCUGAAUGCAAAUAAAUACCUGAGAAGACUUUUAAUGCAGUGGCAGGUGUCUGCCCAGGGGAAGCUCCAUCUGACCUGUGUGUAAUAGUGGGAAGGGAGGAGUGAGCUGAGGAGCCACGGGCUGGGUGAGCAGGUUAGCUCAGAGCCCUGAGCAGAGCGCUCGUUGUUACGUCCCGUGCUGUGCUUUCUUGGCUCCAGCAAUGGCAUUAGCACCAAAGCAACACGCAGUAGGACAGUAGAAUUUCUUUCCCUGUGGGUUGCUGAGCUGUUCAGUACCCCACUGGUGUGUGCAGAUGCUCUGCUGCUGUUUGCAGAGCGGCAGGAGUCUUUGUCCAAAGCGUUGGUGGGGAUUAAUCACUGCAGAGGUUUGGGAAGUUUUUAUUCUGUGCUCCAGCUGUCCUGGCUAACAGUCAACUUUAGUUAACCUGUUAACAUCUGAGAGCAAGGCCUAGUGUCUUCUCCACACGUGCAGAGCAGGCCUUUCUCUUUCUGGAAUCUGCUGCCCCGUGAAAGGCUUGCAAUGAAGAAAGCAUGGCUCUGACUGUAAAUAAAUCCUUUCAGAUUCCAACUGUACAACCAAAGGAAUUCAGCAAAUUCCUAUUUUUCUAAUCAUGACAUGCCUUCGUCUUAAUGCUCUUCCGACUGGCAAAUCUCAUCUCACACCGCUUUGAAAAUAACGGGCAAGAAGUUUUAUCCCUGGCUUGCAAGCGGCUGCCGCUGUGCUCGUUGCAGGUGUCAGUGCUGUGGCUUUGGCCGAGCAGCCGGACCUGCGCUGGCUCCCCUGCACGUGUCCGACCCUGGAGUGGGGAGUUCUUCCUCAACCUGUAGCUCUGGGUUUCUGUGGGGUGUUGACUCGGCCCUGUGUCUACCUGGACCUAUUUGCUCUUGCAUUUGCUCCCUUACGUGGAGAAAACCCCUGCAUCCCGCAGUGCUCACUGACUGUUCGGUAUCUGUGUCGAUAAGUGGAAAAAUCUGUCUUAACAUUCCACCUCACCAAGUGUCUGGCUCUCACUGCUAGCCCGUUGCUCUUUGUAAUUUUAUAACUGCCUAAGAAAUUAAAUCUGUGUUGUGAUAAGUA